GCAGAACCCCCGCGCUCCGCCGCCUGGUCGCGGCCCCAAGCCGCCGCAGAUGAGCCGCUGUGAGAGACCGCUCACUGGGCAAGGGAGCGAGCAAAAGGCCUUCCCGGUUGGAGCGGCUGGAGGCUGUGUUGGUACCAAUGCUGUCUCCUUAGUCCCCUGCCUGUGCUCAUGGCACCAGGUCCCUGUUAUCCCCCUACGCUCCAGAGCCACACGAGCCGGUUCAGGCCCUGCAAGAACUUAUUCACGGAUCAAACCUAGUGUUGACUGCUUACUUGUGUUAACCAGUGGCCAAGUGGUAGGAGUAAGAAACAGAAAAAGACAGCUUCUGCACCAAAGAACUAACUGCCUUAAAAUUUACGGUACAUGCAGUAAAAGCAUGCUGUUCAGUAGAGGGGCUGGCUUCAUGGAAGACUAAUUGCAGGAGAUGACUGAAGCCUUAAUGACCAUUUGAAGUGACACUGAUACCGACGGUUAUCUAUCCGUGACAAGUUCUGCUUCCUCACAUGUUGAAGUUUGAACUUUAGAGAAGCACGCAGAGGCAAACAGGGUUUAGUUUAAAAAGGGGACUUCUCCCAGGAGGGAGAAGGGGACCAUUGCUGGUAUCCCAAGAAGUGAGGUGUUCUGCCCUUUUUAUAUGUCCUAGGCUGUCUUUGUUCUGCCCUCUUCUGUGUGACUGGGCCUAGGAAAUGCUGAAUGAGGUGACCAAAAGGUGGGAACAGGUGGGCUGAAGGGGGAAGGGCAGGAUAUAGCAGCCAAGGACGCAAUAAUUGCUGAAUUAAAAGUUGCAAGUGUCUGCCUAGUUUUGGUUGCUAUGCAUGGCAUAGUGUUUUUUUUUUUUUUUUCUUUCAUUUUACUAACCACCCUGUUAUUAAAGUAGUACAUGUUCAUUACAAAAAAUUUCAAUAGUACUAAAAAGUGGGAAACUUCUACUUCCACAACCCCAUUUACCAAGGAUAACCCUGUGAAUAUUCAUAUGUUUUUCCAGAAGUUUUCUGACAACAUAUUUUGGAAGCCAAGAUGGAUAGUGCUGGACUUGGAAGUUCAGAGACUUUGGUGCUAGUCUUGUUUUUGCCAGGAACAAGCUUUGUGAUUUAGGAUAUAAUUAAACUCUGCUUCUACCUUUGUAAAAGAGGGUGGAAGCCUGCUUUCCUAUUUUCUUUUAGGCUCUGCCUCUAGGAGGUGGUUUCUAUAUUUUGUGUCCUUUCCACUAAAUACAGUUUUGUAUAGUAAAAAUAAAUAUUGAUAAUGCUGACUGAUUUUCUUCUCUUAAAUACAGGAUGGCCUCUUUGCCAGAGGCAAACAUUAAAUAUGACAAAUAUCUAACAUUUUAAAGUAGUAAUUUUUUUUUUUUUUACAAUCAUAGACUUUUAGAACAAUGCUUAUCACCUCCAAUCUUUGCUUUCCUUCUCAUCCAGAACAGAACCCACGCUCUGUUGUUACAAUCACUCCAUCAAAGAGGCUGUCAGUUUCCUUGCUUCUUUUUACCUCUACUUAAGCUAACCAUGGUUAGGCAUAUUGUCACUGUGUCUCUGCCCAUUCAACUUACUAUUACUAGAGAAAAUCAUAACUCGACAGACACAUUUCACCUUAAAUUUAUAAUUAUUAACUUCAAAUGGGUACCCAGUCCAACUGCAUUUCCUAAGUAAUUCAUAUUCUCACUAUAGAAUGUAUCUUCAAAUCUGACCUUAUCCCUGAAUUCCAAAUGCAUAUAUUCUAUUUUCUUGACACAGCCACACAUGUAUGCUUCCUAGGCUUCCCAAACUGAACACACUCAUCCCUGGUUGAAUCUUGGCUCCAGGAAAACUUUAAAGAAAUGUAUAUCAGAGAAGAGUACUGUAUGUAAUAAUGAGUGUGACAAUUGUAAUGUGGUUAUGCUGGAGAAUGUCUUUUUUGAGGAGAUAGAUAUAAGUAUGUGAGGGGAAGUGGUUCAGCAAAAGAAAAAGCUCAAGCAGAUUUGGUGAAAUAUUAGCAACUAGUGAAUCUAGGUAAAGGGAUAUGGGUGUUCAUACAAUCCUAACAGUUUGUAGGUUUUAAUUUUUUUCAAAAUUAAGAAAAUGGGAGAAGCUAAAAACUUGAAACUACAUUAAUUAAAACUAAACUGCAUUAUCCGAAGUCUUGAUUUACCACCAUACGUAUACACUCACACCUCAACCUUCUCCUCAGAUCUUCCUGUCCCAUAAAACGGCAAUUUCAUUCUACCUGGAGCAUAGCCAGACAACUUGAAUUGUCCUAGAGUCUGCAUUUCUCUUGGAUCAUUCCACUUCAUCAGAAAAUCCUAUCUGCCAUACCCUCAACACUUCUCUCUGCUUUACUGCAGCCAUUCCUAAGCCCUGUCACUGCAGCCUAUUGUAUUGCAGGGGCCUCCUGCUGACCUCUGGUUCCACCUUUCCACUUACCCAGUGUGUACUACACAGAGCACCUCUGAUCUCCUCUCCUGCCUUUGUGAUUUUGUCUGCUACUUUCUCCCUCAUUCUUCUUUCUAUAUUAACACUAAACACACCCGACAUUUUGUUUCAUUUUUAUGUUGUCAUCCUUUCUAACUCCCAACCUUGGCAUAGAAGGUUCUCGAGAGCAAACUUGGCUACCUGUUGGGUUGGUGCCAUGUCUGGCACAGUAUUUGGCCUACAGUGGGCACUCAGUUAUUAGUUUAUUCCUUUCUCUUUCUUCCCUCUUCUUUCUACCUUGCCUCGUGUCAUUGAGAGAAUACAAGACAUUUCAUAAGAACUCCUUAAUUUUUCCUAUAGUCUUUCUGGUACUAAUUUCUAGUUUGUUUCCAUUAUGGUCACAACACACUUUUUAUGAUUUUGAUUGUUUGAAAUUUGUUAUGUUUUAAGGCCCAGGAUAUUUUCUGUCAAUGAAUUUGUUCCAUGAAUGCUUAAAAAAGUUGUGUGUUCUGCUGUUAGUAGGUGGGGUGUUCUGUAUGUGAGAGCCAGUUGGAGUGUGUAUCCUUGCUGAUUGUCUAUCUGGUAGUCCUGUCCAUUGCUGAGAAGUCAGUGUCCAAGUUGCAGCUGAAAUUGUGGACUUGGCUUUCUCCUUUCAGCCCUGUUAGUUUUGCUGCAGUAUCUUGAGGCCUAGUUGGAUACUUCUUUAUGGUGGCUUCAUCCUUUGUUAUGUAAUCUCCCUCCUUGUCUCUAGUCAUUUUCUUUGCUCUGAAGUCUACGUUCCUGCUUUUUCACCUGAUAAGCUCCUCAUCCAUUCGCGUGUCCCACGGAUCUUGGAAUAAAUUGGGUGCUCCGUGGGGAUCAGCUGUUGCGUUCCUUGGCCGCCUCCUGGCAACAGUGGGAGAGUGGGUGGUGGUGUCACAGUGGGGAAGGUGUAAGGGAGCAGUGACAGGGAGCCCUCCGGAGGUCCCCAAGGGCAACACGUGACCCAGAGUGGUCCCAGGGGAGGAGGCUGGGUGGGGGGCAGAAAGGCAGACCUUGUGCCUGGCCUGACACUGAUGGUGCCCGGUCACCACUUUCAGAAGGGAACCCUGGACAGAGGAGCCACAAGCCCAAGCCCAUCCUGGGGGGACACCCAGAGUGGCACGAGGAGGCACCGUGUCGCAGGCCCCGGGGGCAGUCAGGGUAGAGCUGUGGGUGCCUCCCCCAGAGUGGCUUGGGGGCUGCCGCUUGGUCCCUCCUCUGAAUGUCCCUGCCAGGGCCUGGCUCUUGCCCUGGUGAAGCUUUAUCCUCUCUAGGCCUUCGGCUGCUCAGGACUGUCCCUGUGAGCGUCCUGACCCAGGGACGGGCCCUUCAGCCUGCCACCCUGAGCUCCCCAGGGCUGCUGAGCAGGGAGCAGGACCACCUAUGGGUGGGGGAGCUGGGGCGCAGGUGUGGGCAGGGGAGGGUGUGUGGCCAGAGCCCCCAGCCCCCAGGAGUGCAGGGCUGGCUGGGAGGAGCCGUUUUCCGGGUCUAGUGUUUGGAGUGAACCUUUCAAUUCCCAUCCCUUCAACUCGGGGUGUUGGCUCUGUCCCCCUUUCUUUGUGAUCCCCGCGGGGUUUCCAUUUGACGUGGGUCAGAGAUCCCAGUCUGAAGUGAAUGGAGGGCAGCCUCACUUCCAUCCUGUACUAGAUGCAGACCCCCCCUCCCCCUGGGUCUCUGAUGUCACAGAGCCACCCGUGUGUUCCUGGUGGUUUGGUACCGCAGACCCUCCACUGAGUGUUUUCUUCUGAAUUGGUCCCUUCCCCGUGGACAAGAAAAGUGAGGCCAGCUUUUGUACUUGCCAGGAACUGGCCUUUCCAGAAACCCCUGUGUCUUCACCCAUCUCUGAGUCCCUGCCUAAGGUCCUUCAGUCCACCACCAGGGACUCCUGUCCUGAAGGGCAGGUGCAGGGGAGACCGAGUCCCUUGCCUUUGGUUUCCCAGGGCCGUGGUUUGAGGAGUGUGUUUCUCCAAAAGUGCUGAUGAAACUCCCCUCCCUUUGAGGGUGUGGUGUUGUGGUCCUUCAGGAGGGUGAGGCCCUGGGGCCCUGGCUUCCCAAGGGGAUGUGCGCCUCAGGGCUGGACCUCCUCUGGCCAGCAACUAGGCCCUGGUUCUACCCUCUGCACCACACAUGGUCGCGCUUGGUCUCAGGUGUGCUCAUGCACACACACACACACACACACACAGAAACACACAGAGACAGACACAGACACAGAGACAUGUCACUGUGGGCAAGGUGGUGACUGCCUUUCUACUUGUGGGUUGGGGAGGCCGAGCAGGGGCAUUGGCAGUUCAAGACCUGCCCAGGCCAGUGUGUGAGAUCCUUCGUCAAAGACACUAGAAAGGGCUGGGAAAGUGGCUCGGGAGUCGAGCGCUGGCCUCACAUGCGUGACCUUGGGGCCUCCAUGACUAUGACCAAGGAGGAUAGAAGGGAGGAGAGCAGGGAAAGGGACUGAAGGAGCCCAGUCCUCGGCCUUUCAGCCAUGUGGUGUGGGACACGGCUACAAGGUCCCUCGCUGGAAGGAGAGAGCGAGACCUCCCUGGACACCCGGCCUCCUGGUGCCUGACACGUGGACGCCUCAGGUCCCAGAGGGGGGAGCAGUCAGUCUGUGAGGUUCCCAAACAGCCAGCUCAGGCUCUAUGGACAGAGCAGGGGAAGGGACCUGGGUGACAGGGACGCCUCCAUCUCUCUGCACCCCAGGAAGGGCACCUCUGGCCCUAGGGUUCUCAGCUGGAAGGUUCGGUCUUCAUCGCUGGAAGGCGACCCACCGUCUCUCCUGUGGGCUGUAGGGAGGGUUUUGGUGAGUGACCUGAUAGGACCUUGUGUGGCAAUGAUGAGGCAGGCACCCUGCCCUGGCCCCCACACCCCACAGAGGUCGGGAACGUGGCCCUGGAUCUCAGGGGGCAGAGCGACCCGCACUAGCGUCCUGGCGUGAGGGGACUGCUACCACGCUCUGGACACCAGUCUGUCCGAGUUGGAGGAGACAGGCGCUGAAUGGCUCCAGAGGACCUGGGGUGGGGUCUUCACGGGGCGAAAGCCACGACAGAGUUGUGUACUGGCGAGGCACGGGCCCCGGGGCCUGGUCCAGCUCCUCCUUUCUCAGCAAGGAGAGGUCGGGGUCCCGAACACACGGGAGCACCGAGGUUCCACAGACCCUCCUUGUUCUGACCAGGAAGGUGGCCAAGGUCCCGGAGGCCCGAGUGGGAGAUGCCACCGUGGGCCACCCCCAUGUGUGAGUGGGCCACUCCUGGCUGUGACCUCACAGGGGCCAGCAUUGUGAGGCCCUUGAGCCAGCGGGGAUAUAAGGCCGGGUCGAGGCUGGCACCUUGUCCACAAGCACAGGAAGCUCUAGGCAGUGACCUGUGGGACUCCCAUAGUUAGCGCGUUUGGUGGUUGGUGGUUUGGUGGUUCUGGUUGCGGUCUCUGAUUUGGGGCUUUCUGUUGGGCUUUGUUGUGUUAGUUUUGCUUGUGUUCUUUGCUUUGUUUGUUGUGUUUGUUUUUAGCUAGCGGGCUUAGUGGGCGUGGGGCGGAGGAUGUCCAGAGAGAGCAGUGAGCGUAGUGUGGUGCGGAGGGUGUGUCGGGACCUCGCGGCCAGCUCCUCCUUGGAGGAAGCCCUCACGGGCCGCUAUGAGCCCUUGGGGGUCGUCGGGCAGGGCAGCUUUGCCAAGGUCUUCCUGGCCCGACACAUCCUGACGGGGACGAAGGUGGCCGUGAAAGUCCUGCGGAAGGGGGCGGGGGCCACCUUGUCCUGGGUCUUGUCGGAGCUGGACAUCAUGAAGGGCUUGGAGCACCCGCACGUGGUGCAGCUGCUGGAGAUCGUGGAGACCCCCGGCACUGCCUACGUGGUGAUGGAGCACAUGGCUGGGGGCCAGCUGGGCCAGCACAUCCCGGAGGUUGUGGGCCUGUGGGAGGACGAGGCCCGCAUGCUGUUCGGGCAGGUGGCCAGCGCCGUGGGCUACUGCCACGCGCAGGGCAUCGCGCACCGGGACGUGAAGGCGGACAACGUGCUGCUGGAUGCCGCGGGCCGCGCCAAGCUGUGCGACUUCGGCCUGGCCUGCAGGUUCAGGGCCGGAGAGAAGCUGGGCCUGCUCUGCGGCACCGUGGCCUACUGGGCCCCGGAGCUGCACCGGCGAGAGCCCUACGACGGCCCCGCGGUGGACGUCUGGAGCCUGGGUGUCCUCCUGAUCCUCAUGCUCACGGGCAGCGUCCCGUUCACCGGGGCCAGCUAUGAGCAGGCCAAGGAGCAGGUGCUGCAGGCCAGGUACCACCUCCCGUUCCACCUGUCCGACGAGGCGCAAAGCCUGGUGUCCUGGAUGCUGACCCUGGAGCCCGCGCACAGGCCCACGCUCCAGCAGAUCCUGGGGCACCCGUGGCUGAGCCAGGAUGGGGAACGCUGCCCGAGUCCUCCCGCCGAGCUGCUCCCCAAGCGCGCGGACACCUCCAUCCUGCUGGCCAUGCUGGACCUGGGCUACGGGCUGCAGGAGACCUGGGUGUCGGUGGCGACGCGCCAGUUCAACCAGGCCAUGGCCACCUACCUCCUGCUGGGCCACCAGAAAACCUGGGGGGCGGGCUGCCAGGUGCGGCUGCAGAUGCCUGGGUGGCCACAGGUGGGGCCUUGCCCGUCCCUAUGCAUCCCCUCCAACUUGACUCUGGGCCCAAGGUGGGGCGUCAGCAGGCCGGCCAUGCGCUCCUGGCCCCUCUCGGCCUGUGAGCAGCAGCAGCAGCAGCAGCAGCAGCAGCAGCAGCAGCAGCCUGAGGAGCUCAAGCCUUCAGGGCAGGUGGGCAGCAGGAGAGCCAGCCUGCCCGCCAUCAUGCUGUGCAGCCUGUCGGCCAGCGUCCCUGCUCCCGGCCCCACGGCCCCUCUGCCCGGGUCCUCCCAGGCCCUGGCACCGGAUCCCAGCUCCUCCUCCACCGCGCAACCCCCUGCUGGCUCCAGGACCCCUGGCCUGACCCGUGACACCGCCAGGGGAUGGAGGGGAGUGGUCCGGAGGAUGGCCACCUGUCUGGCGAGGCUGUGCUGCUGCGUGCAGGCCCCCAGGACCGGCUCCGGACGCUCCAACAGAGUGGCUCCCGCAGCUGGAGGGCCCGCGCCACCACCAGCACCCAGGGACCCCCCGGGACCUGCCCCCACCAGAGGUCAGGCCCUCAGAAGAUUCUUCAAAAACAGAGUGGCUCCCCGGCCAGCGCCCAGCUGAGACGCCCACGGAGCCAAACAGGUGGCCCGGGUUCUACCUCACGAGGGCCAGCUGCUGGAGCGAGAUGUGCAACCUGCCCUGGCCGCCGCCUCCCGGACCCCUCAGGCAGGAGGACACCCGAAGACACCCGGACACCAGUGGGCCCCUGCGCCCCACCCGGAUCCCACCUCAGGGACUUCUCCUUGGACACGUGCCCCGCCCUGCUCUCCUCUGCUCUCUCUCUCACCCUCUGGGGCAGAGAUGCUUCCCAAUAAGCUCCUCAUCCAUUCGCAUGUCCCACGGAUCUUGGAAUAAAUUGGGUGCUCCGUGGGGAUCA